UAGAUGGUCAUAGACGUCGUAGACUUGUAUCGUGGUGUGCGUUCGUAGUGUCUUUUCCUGUGUAUUUAAAAAUGUAAUCAUGUGUGUAGCUGCAACAGAAUUGGAAAGGAAUUAUAAUUCUUUACCAGAACACUUGAGAUAGCUUUCGAUGGUUUAUGUGCAUUUCGGACUAUGCAGCUUCUUAGAUGAAAAGGUUUGGGUCUAUGUUUUUUGACCAUAGACCCUACCAGAUGACACUUGAAUUUAACAGAUCUUGAAUUAUAAAGAAGACUGUAGCCAGCUGUCAAAAUGACUUUGAGUGCAGCAGUUCUGUCAGUUCAAGGAAUGACGUGCACAUCGUGCGCAUCAACCAUAGAAUCUAACAUUGAACAGCUUGAGGGAGUAACAGACAUUAAGAUAUCGCUGGAGAAGGGUGAAGUGUAUGUGGUAUUUGCACCUCAGUCAAAACUUUCUCCAAGGAUUCUUGCAGAGAAAAUUUCUGAUAUGGGUUUUGAAGCGUCUGUAAAAGAGUCAAGUGAAACUCAAGAAAUAGUUUUCUUUUUUAAAGAUGGUGCCAAGCCACAGAUAGAUACUGAGCUGUUGAAACAAAAGUUAGCAGACAUCGAAGGUGUGAAGAAUGUUAUUGUCUCACCUGGCUUGGAUGCUGUUACUGUAGCACUGAAAGGAUUACUGCCAGAUGCCCUUAGGGAUGCAAUGGACAACUUGGGGUUUGGUGCCUUCAGUGAGCCAUUGAUGUCAGCAGCUGAUGAUCUUGAAAAUGUAGUGAUCAAUGUGGAUGGAAUGACUUGUCAGUCAUGUGUGCGGACCAUUGAAGACAGUAUGAGAGACAAGCCUGGAGUUCAAAAUAUCAUGGUGAACUUGGAACAGAAGACCGCUACCAUUAUUUAUAACACAAGCUUGACUUCUCCAGAGGAACUUCGAAGCAAUAUUGCUGACAUGGGUUUUGAUGCAUCACUGCAGACAUCUGUGGCUAAUGUUAAGAUUGAUAUCAUUGGAAUGACCUGUCAGUCUUGUGUCAGCAGUAUUGAGGGAAGCAUUGGCUCCAUGCCAGGUGUUCUCAACAUAAAGGUUAGCCUGAAGGAGAAAGCAGGGUACAUCUAUUACAAUCCUUCAGUAACAAAUCCACAAGUUUUGUGUUCAGCCAUUGAAGAUAUGGGAUUUGAUGCAUUUCUUCCGUCCUCAUCAGACAGCAUCACAUGCAAAAUACACGUGGAAGGAAUGACAUGCAAUUCAUGUGUAAAGAACAUUGAGAGUGUGGUUUCAGAGAAAUCUGAUGUGAAAAGUGUGAAAGUUGAUUUGGAAAAGAAGGAAGCUAUUGUAACAUUUUCUCCAGCAACUCUAACAGCUUCAAAAAUUGCUGAAUUUAUCUGUGAUAUGGGGUUUGAUGCUUAUGUCAAAGAAGGAGAUGGGAGCCAACCAAAUAAUGGACUGAGGACUGUGAAAAAGCCCGAAGUGGCUGUUUCUGUUGGAAAAUCUGAAGCUGGAGAUGUUCUUGACGAUGCUCAUCUUGAGAAGUGCUUCAUUCAUAUUAAAGGCAUGACAUGUGCAUCUUGUGUAGCUGCCAUAGAGAAGCACUGCCGCAAGUUGUAUGGAGUAAAAGAGAUCCUGAUUGCACUGCUGGCUGCAAAGGCAGAAGUGAAAUAUGAUCCUAGUUGCAUUCAGCCUGUUGACAUAGUGGCAUCAAUAUCAGACUUAGGCUUCCCCUCAACCUUAAUACAAGAGCCUGGCACAGGAGAAGGAGAGGUGGAAGUCAAGAUAUCUGGUAUGACGUGUUCAUCGUGUGUCAACAAGAUUGAGACUGCAGUGAAGAGACUAAAUGGCAUCCACUCAGCAUCUGUGGCCCUGACAACGCAACGUGGCAAGUUCUGCUAUGACAUAGAGUUGACAGGUCCAAGAGACAUUAUUGAGGCAAUACAGAGACUGGGCUUCCAUGCCUCCCUACUGAAUAACAAAGACAAAGAAUCCAGAGGAUAUCUUGACCACAGAGAAGAUAUUAGGAAGUGGCGAACAGCAUUCCUUGUGUCAUUAAUGUUUGGCAUCCCGUGCAUGUUUGCCAUGAUGUACUUCAUGAUGCAGAUGUCUGUGGGACAUGUGAAGCAUUCCGAUAUGUGCUGUGUUGUCCCUGGUUUGUCAUGGGAGAAUUUAAUCCUCUUCAUCUUCUCCACUCCAGUCCAGUUCUUUGGUGGGUGGCAUUUCUACAUACAAGCAUGGCGAGCUUUACGUCACCAUACAACGAACAUGGAUGUGCUGAUCUCUAUGACCACAACUAUCUCAUAUAUAUACUCAGUGGGUGUUCUUUUAGCUGCAAUGUUCAUGGAGCAGAAUACUAGUCCACAGACUUUCUUCGACACACCUCCCAUGUUGCUGGUGUUCAUAUCCCUUGGUCGCUGGUUAGAGCAUGUUGCCAAGGGCAAAACAUCAGAAGCACUGUCAAAGCUGCUUUCUCUGAAAGCGACUGAAGCUGUUUUGGUCACCAUUGGUCCUAAUUUUGAAAUGCAGUCAGAGAAACAUAUCAGUGUGGAUCUUGUGCAACGAGGAGACUUUCUAAAGGUGGUUCCUGGAGCAAAGGUUCCUGUUGAUGGAAAGGUCAUAUUUGGACAUUCUAUGUGUGACGAGUCACUGAUAACAGGGGAAUCUAUGCCUGUUGCUAAGAAGAAAGGUUCAGUUGUGAUUGGUGGAUCCAUCAAUCAGAAUGGUCUGCUGUUGAUGACAGCAACUCACACAGGUGAAGCUACGACACUAGCGCAGAUAGUUCGACUUGUUGAAGAGGCUCAGACUUCCAAAGCCCCUAUUCAACAGCUUGCUGAUAAGAUUGCUGGUUACUUUGUUCCCUUUGUCAUCUUUGUUUCAAGUGUCACCCUUAUUGGCUGGACUAUUAGUGGAUAUGUGGAUUUGUCACACCUGCCAAUCACGGAGGAUGAGAAGACUGGAUUCAACCGAGAAGAGAUUAUCUUCCAAUAUGCAUUCAGAUGUGCGCUGAGUGUCCUUGCUAUAGCCUGUCCAUGUGCUUUGGGGCUGGCAACUCCUACUGCUGUCAUGGUGGGAACUGGUGUGGGUGCUCUCAAUGGAAUACUAAUCAAAGGAGCAGAGCCUUUGGAAAAUGCACAUAAGGUGAAGGCCAUCGUGUUUGAUAAGACAGGUACAAUCACACAUGGGGUUCCAAUGGUGUCUCGAAUCAGCAUCUUUGUAAACGAGAAACUAUGUUCUUUAGCAAAACUCCUAGCUAUUGUUGGUACUGCAGAAGUGAACAGUGAACACCCCAUUGCAUCAGCAAUUGUGAAGUAUGUAAAAGAGACAAUAGGGACAGAUGUGAGUGGCCAGUGUAGUAACUUCCAAGCAGUUCCUGGAUGUGGUCUGAAAUGCUCAGUGUCCAACAUUGACAACAUGCUGGCUUAUGCAGCACGUUCGGAGACACUCAUCAAUUAUGUGAAUGAGUCUAGGAACAUCAGCAUAAGGAACUUCACUGUAAAUGGAGUCGGCAUUGAUAUAGUGCAGAGCAUGCUGGGUUCCCAAGAGAAGCAACUGAUUGAACUGCAACAGUUACUGAACAUUGACAGCAAACAUGCUACCCAGGCAGACCAGUAUGAAGUUCUUAUUGGGAAUCGAGAGUGGAUGCAACGCAAUGCAGUGGAUGUGCCACAUGAAGUUGAUACAAGGAUGACUGAUGAGGAGGAGCUGGGUCGUACAGCUGUAAUCUGCGCCAUAAAUGGUGUGUUGGUUGCCAUGGUGAGUGUUGCAGACCUGGUGAAGCCAGAAGCACAUCUGGCUGUGUACUCACUGAAGAGAAUGGGACUUGAAGUAAUCUUGCUGACAGGAGAUAAUAGAAAGACCGCAACUUCUAUAGCUCGACAGGUUGGCAUCAGCAGGGUAUUUGCUGAAGUGUUACCCUCGCAUAAAGUUGCCAAGAUUCAGCGACUCCAGGAGCAGGGUUACAGGGUUGCCAUGGUUGGUGAUGGAGUUAAUGAUUCACCAGCUCUUGCCCAGUCAGAUGUUGGAAUAGCCAUCUCAUCAGGCACUGAUGUUGCAGUUGAAGCAGCUGACGUCGUUCUCAUGAGGAAUGAUUUGUUGGAUGUGAUUGGCUGCUUGGAUCUCUCACGGAAGACAGUCUGGAGGAUUCGUCUUAAUUUCCUGUUUGCCAGCAUGUACAAUUUGAUUGGCAUUCCUAUUGCAGCUGGUGUAUUUAGUCCUUUUGGAUUCGUUCUGCAGCCCUGGAUGGCAUCAGCAGCCAUGGCUCUUAGUUCUGUGUCAGUGGUUGCAUCAUCUCUUCUUCUAAAGCUAUACCGAAAGCCAACACGAGGGUCACUACAGACCUCCGAAUACACAGCUGCAGUAGCAGCAAGGAAUGCGGCAUUACAAGAGCUUGAUAGUAUAUCAGUACAUCGUGGACUUGAUGAUAUAGAGAAACCUUCAUUCUCACGCUCAACAAGUAGUACCAUUAGCAGACUCUUCAGCAGAGGUAAGCAAGAGGUAAAGGGUCGUUUACUGGAGCCAUCUGAGGAUGUAGACGACAUAGAUCUUGUGGUGGACUUCAGGAGAUACAGCAGGGACAAAAGUCUAAAUGCAUCACAGCAAAUGACACCACUCUGAACUAACAUUAAUCAUUGGCAGUUAAUGUGCCUGCCUUUGAAACUAGUAUAUCAGAAACUGGUUUGGGUUUCUGGUCUCUGCAGCCACAGCUCUUUACUGAAUGUAACAGGAAUAACUUGCAAACUGAAGAAACUACAAUUACCAAGAUCAUUGGAAAUGUAUGAUAUGAAAUUUUAUUAUUACAUCACAGAUAUGUUUAUACCUCAUAUUUAACAGCUUUGACACUUUUCUAAGUUACCACAGACAUUACAUAUUUCUUAGUUACAGAGUACUUACUUUAUUACCAACUGCUGGAUGAUAUUGUUUCUAAUAUUAAGCAGGAUAUUUAGGAGACAGUGAUAAAGUUAUAAAAGGUAAUCUUCACAUUGUUGGUCCUACAUAUAUUCUCAUUUUUAAUACAUUAUAUCUUUCAUAUGAAUGAAAACAAUGGAACUUUAUAGUUCCUUUAUAUUAUCAUUAUAAUGUUCAGAACAAUCAUCUUUCAUCAUCAACACCACCAUGUUUUCUGUGUAUAUGCUUGCACAUAUCAAUUUUCUUGAAUAUGUUUAGUCUAUAUAUUUUUAGCAAAAUGCAGGCUUUGAAAACUUACACCUUUAACAGCUUCAUGUAUUAUAUUUUUCAUUACACAGCACAACAAUCUUUCACCUUUGUUUCUCAAUGCAUGUAAUAAGCUUUAUUUUACUUAAUUGAGUACACCAAUCACAAAAAUGAGUGCCGAGAUUUGUAAAAUGUAAUUUCAUUCCUUUGUUAUGCUGUAUUAUUUUUGUGUGCAAGACAUAACAUGUACAUAUCACUUAUGUUAUUCAAAUAAUAAUAAAUGUUUAUUCACUAAAAAAAUCAUUCAUCAUGUUAUGGUUGACAAAAAUUAUAUUGAACAAUAAGAAAUAAAUUCCGACGUGAAAGGAACUCGCUGUUUUGACUCAAAAUUAAAUACACAAAAAUGUAAUGUUCUGGAAAACUUUUGUAUCCAGAUUUUGAAUAAGCAUAUCAGAAUUAAUUUUAAACAGUAUUUUUCUUUGAUAUUAUCAUAACCUCAUUGACUAGUUUUAUUCUUCCCACGGUUUCACUACUUAUGUAAAAACAGGGGAAUGGAGGUGAUCUCCUUGCUCAAUAUCCAUCAUGAACGUACACAGAACCGUGGGAUAAAUUGAGAUAGACGCCCUGAUGUUUGACUUUUAAGUACACAACAUAUAUUUAAAUUAUUUAAAAUUUAUGCAAAUCAUUGGAAACAACAAUGUGAAGAAAGAGUGAUAUGAGACUGUAGUUAUCCCAACCUCAAAUGAAAAUGAGAUGUAUAUUCUGCAUAGUAUAUGAGAAACUAAUGUCACUGUAGUUGCAAUACCAGCGAAGGGACUCUAAAAAUUAUGACAGAUCUCAGUUGAUAGAAUUGGUCAUGGUCACUGGGUACCCUUCCAUUAUAUUUACAUUAUAGUGGCCUUUGUUUUAUGAAUAUGUGCCAAGAGAAAAAGACAGACUGGAUCAGAGUCAUUAAGUAAGUUUCUCAAGAAAACAUGCCAAUAAGGAUAUAAAUUUGUGUAUGAGAAGUUUUGAUGAUUAGUAGCUAAAUCAGGUAAUGAAGUGAUUGAAAUUGGAUUACUUACUAUUAUAUUGUAUAUUUUUGUGGGAAGAAUAAAUGCCUUUACAAAUCCUGUAA